AUGUUCCACGGACCGAUUCUGGUUAACUGCUGUGCGCUAUUGCUGCUUGGACUUUCCAGUGGACAAAACACAUCGAUUUCCCCAUGGAUAGCAGCGUUGGAUGAUCCGUCGACAAUUAUAUCGUGUGAACCAUGGAUAACAAUCACGCCUGAACCAUGGACUACAACCUCGAAUGGACCAUCGACGGCAACAUCAUCGAGAAGAACAACAUCAUCCCUUAUGAAAGAAACACAACUGGCUAAUCAGAAUCUCACAGCAAGGAAAGUGUGCGUGUUUAGAUCACUAGUUGCAAGAGGUAGAGCAGCAAACGCUGAACAUCCCGGCGAAUUUGCACCAUCGUCAUCACGAAUGGACUUGAUGGAAUAUGACUGCGUUGCCGAGCGGUAUGCUCUUAGGCACGUAUGUUUGUGUGAUAGAAAACAAUCACCGGCUGCUUAUCGUCCUGGUUACCAAGAAAACAUCCACAUCCUUCAAACAACUUCUACUAAUACUUUGGGUGCUCUCCAAAAUGCAAUUUCAACGUUUACCAGCGAACUUACAUCAAAUGGUAUCCCUUCGAACAUGGCAUUUUCCGCUAAUGUUAACCAGCGUCAACACAGGACAGUGACCAGGGUUUCCAAGGUUAUCUGGGGAACAAACAGAUAUGUUGGCUGUGCAACUCAGCUUUGUAGAGGAUUUUAUUUCACUUCGUGCAUGUACCGAAAUCCGGUGAACGUUGUUGGAAGCAACAUCUAUAGCAUCGGAGCAGUGUGCAGUGCCUGUCCAGCCGGUCCUAACAAUUGCAAUACUGCCAUUGGGCUUUGCUCAUGGUAA